AUGAGAAGACUGAUGGAACAGUACUGUGUUAGAAAACAGCUAAGAGGCAGCAAUAUUGACUCUGUUCGGUUCGUCUUCGAUGGUCGCAGGGUCCAUCCUGAUUACACUCCGCUACAGCUUAAUUUGGAGGAUGGAGAUGAGAUUGACGCAUUUUUGGAACAGAUAGGUGGCUUUCGUCCGUGGUGGUCGUGA